AUGAAGCAUUUGAUCCUGUUGUUGUGUUUCUGUUUCGUCUCUCACGCUGUCAGGAAGGAAGCGCAGUUUGUCUUUAGAGGUUUUUCCCACAAUGACAGUGACGCCAAUGUCGCUGAGACAAUGUACCCCGGGGGUAGAGAACCUCUGCUAGUGUCAUGUCCCAGAUUUUGCGCACAACAAGACUCCUGCAUGGGCUAUGACCUCUGUGACGUUGGGAAUUCCACAGUUUGUAGACUUUUCGAUGUUGAAGGUUGUUUAGCACGCGAAGAAAGAUCCCGGUGUCGGUAUUUUGAGAAGGUUAAUAUAUCAGCUUUGGAGUUCGGAAAUGAUUUCAGAAAGGAAGUGACCACAACAGCUGCUGUACAUGUUACAGGGAUUGGUGGGGACCUGUCUUCUGAUUGUGCUGAUUGUGGAUGUUUAUCCGGGUCUUACACAACCAGUGGUCUCUACCAGGUAACCCUGGGGGGUCAACAACUCACAGUGGAGUGCGUCAAGGUCGACGGCACGGCACACACUGUAAUAUAUCAUCGGCACGAUGGAAGUCUUGAUUUCAACCGAACGUAUGCAGAAUAUGAAAAUGGUUUCGGAUCUGCUUCCUCCGAAAAUUGGCUUGGAAACAAAUAUAUUCACUUGUUGACACAGACUGGAAACACAGUGCUGAGGAUCGAGGUUAAAUUCGUUGGCUCUCUCCUCAAUACGUAUUCCUAUGCUAUAGAGUACAGUCAUUUUUCCGUUGGUAACGCAUCCACGGCCUAUAAACUAGAUGUAUCUGGCUAUUCCGGACUGAUUGGUGACGUCAUGACCGGAACUAAUGGCGCUCCAUUUUCGACAAGAGAUCUUGACAACAGCCCUAACCUCUGCGGCUGCGCAAACCGCCUGUCUGGUGGAUGGUGGUAUCUGUGUUGCUCCAGCUCUCAGCUGACAAUGCCGUAUAACGGUUACAAUAAAUCACUCUCCUUUGGAUGGUCCUAUACUUUCUCUGAUAGCUUGUUCUCUUUCACUGCCACUACCUCCAGCAUUGCGAGUGUUAAAAUGAUGCUGAGGAAAACUUAAAGGUGUUCUAAGCAUGCUGUUUUACAAAUAAAUUUAGGUAAAGAUUUCUGGACUUUAAAGAUUAAACAUUUCCUUUGUAUGCCAUACACAGCUUAGUUCAAUAUUCAUCGGUGUUGAUUUUCUGUCAGUUUAACGACAGUCAGUAGUGAUUGUGAAAAAAAAAUGUGUUCAUCAUUUUCAGCUGUUUUCAGCUUAUCCGUAGUAUCAAAUUAGUUCACAUUAUUGACAUACAAACUGGUCAAAAUUUUUUAGCUUUUUAUUUUGUGUGUCUUUUCAUUUUAACCAUUGACUUUAUAACGACCACGCAUAAACGAAUUGCCUGUCCCAAAGCAUGUCUUGUCAAGAAUGGUUCCUUAUUAAACGUAUAACAGUGCGACAUUUAAGUCCGGACAUGACAAGGUCCGGGCUUUUCGCUACCA